AUGUGGGCAUGGCUUGUGGGAGACUCCGAGAACAAGGACACAAGAAGGACUGUUGCUUAUGAAUACAAUGCCAUCGAUUAUUGUGGGGAAAUCAGCAAGGGGAAGGGAAGAUCUCCCGAAGCCAAAAAACGGAAAGCUUUUCCCAAUGGCCCACCCGCGAAGAAAGUCAAGAGGGAGUCUUCAUCCAGUUCUGAGAGCUCCAGUGAAGAUGAGCCACCAGUCAAGAAACCAGCUCCAGGAACUAAGCCAGCCUCUGCCCCUAAAGCAAAGGCAGCAGCCCCUGUCAAAGCGGAAAGCAGCAGUGAGGACUCCAGCGACUCCUCAGACUCUGAGCCAGAAAGGAAGAAGCCAGCCAAGAAAGGAGCAAAUCUCCAGGUGAAGAAAGGUCCCUCAAAACCAAAGCCCCAGAAGAAGUCGUCGAGUUCCAGUUCGGAUUCCAGCAGUUCAGAAGAUGACGCGCCGAAGAAGAAACCACCAAAGCCAGAAGCUGCCAAAAAGGCAGGAAAGCCAGCUUCAAAACCAGAAAAAGUUGCCAAGGGGAAGCCCGGCGUUGCUAACGGCACAGCAAAGGGUGGCGACAGCAGCAGCAGCAGCAGCAGUGAAGAUUCUGAUACUGGGAAAGGUGCACCUGCGAAGACUGCCCUGAAGAGAGCACCACCGUCCAAACCUGAAGCUGCCCAGCUGCCCCCGGGCAAAGGCAAAGCUGUGAGCCGGCAGAGCAGCAGCAGCAGCAGCGAGGAUUCUUCUGACAGUUCAGGAGAUGAAAAACCAGCCUCAAAGCUCAAGCCUGGCCAGUACAGUGCUGUGCCGCCCCCUUCGACCUUAGAAGCAAAGAAAGGCAAAGGACCAGGUGUUGCUUCUAAAAAGAUUGACAGCAGUGGUAAAAAGGAGCAGUUGUCGAAGAAGAAGAAGACAGCUGAACAACCUGUAGCUAAACAACCAUCUCGCCCCAAAUCUGCUGCUGUCACCCAAAAAGGAGAGUCUUCCUCAGACAGUGAUUCAGAUUCCAGCUCUGAGGAGGAAGAAAAGAAGGCGCCGAUCAAGCGCUCUGCCAAGCCUUCCGCAGCAAAAGGGAUGGCUAAACCAGCACAGGCGAAGCGAGCGGAGAGCUCCUCUGACAGCUCAGAUUCUGACAGUUCAGAGGAAGAAGUUCCAUUGAAGCCUGCGGUGAAGCCAGCUCCAAAGAAGGCAAACAAAGCCAGCAGCCACUCGGGUGAGGGUGAGGACAAGAGAACCCCCUCAUCCAAAGCGGUCUCCAAACGGAAGGCCCCCGACCCCAAGUCCAGCAGUUCAGACUCCGAGAGUUCAAGCAGCGGAGAGGCGCAGAGCAAGCCCGUCUCAAAUCUGGCUGGCAGGUCCCCCGGAGCCCCCAAAGCAGCUGGCAAGAAGCGGGCGGCGGGUUGCAGCAGCAGCAGCUCCUCCGAUAGCUCCAGCGAUGACGACGAUGAAGAGCCUAAAAAGAAAGGAGGCAAACUAACGAAGGCAACAACAAGCGGAGGCGACAGCUCCAAGAAGCCCAAGGCCUCGUCCACUCAUGGAGGGAAAAGUCCUUCCGUGAAGCCUUCCAGCGGAGCUAGUGCCACAAAGCACCACGAGAGCAGUUUGGAUGAAGGGGCGGUAAACGGAGGCCUGGCAGCCAAGAAACGAAAAAGGGAAGACGAUCAGGUGUUGGAGACCCCUGAGCUCAAGAAGAGCAAAGUUAAGCCAAAGACACCCCACUCGUUCCCCAAGAUGAAGCGGCAGUCAAGUCCGUUCCGCAGAGUGAAAGCAGAAGAGGUUGAAGUGGAUGCACGGGUAGCCAACAACUCCUUUGACGCCAAGAAAGGAGCAGCCGGAGACUGGGGGGAGAAAGCUAACAGUGUCCUGAAGUUUACAAAAGGCAAAUCCUUCCGCCAUGAGAAGACGAAGAAGAAGAGGGGGAGCUACUGCGGCGGCACAAUCUCAACGCAGAUAAACUCCAUCAAGUUUGAAAGUGAUUAAACGCCGGAUGUGUCUGUGGACCGCUCCCAGCCUGAGCAUCCUGUGUGAGGACUUGGAAGCAGGGUGGAGAGACCCUCUUUGCCUGAGGUUGCCACUGGUGGCACCCUGUUCCAUGGCCACCGGGGGACAAGGGCCGCUUCAGAGGAGACCUCUCGCCUGAUCACACCCUGCAGGGCUUCCUCGGCUUCCAGUGAUGUACUUUUUUAUUUUAAAAGGAAAAAAGCUCUUGCUUUCCUUAUAAAGCAACGAGCAUAUUUGAGGAAACAUUUUCGCUUUUGUUUUUAACAAAUACAAUAUUUUAGAUAAUGCCCCUAUAUGACUCCCCGUUAUCCAGUGUUUAUUUGACAGGGAACUAAAUCCGUCCCCAUCCUUUUAAGUGGCCUGUUUUGCUGCCGCCUUCUGCUUCUCCUCUGCAGCCCUUGGGUGCUCUUUGGUCUUUCGUGAGAGGCUCCUUUGUGCCUCGCUGAAGAGGCAGGCGGGCAGGCAAGCUGUUGGUUCCUGUUCUUGUUGUGAUCUUGUCUUUGGGGGGGGGGGGCAUUCUGAAAGCAUCCCCCUGCCAUCCAAGAAGCCAGUGACUUGCAGAGCCCACGGGCAUGGGUAAGGCUCCUGUUUCCUUAAGUGGGCUGAUUUUUGUGCCUGUUGAAAACCAUUGGCUGCCUGAAAUUUAGAUAUUGACUUCAAUACUUUUCAUGGACCAGAUGUUAAACACGCAGGUCUGUUGCCUUUGCCUCUGCAAAAAAACCAAAACCCCAAAUGACAUAGCUGCAGAAUGAAGUGCGGUUCUUACGUCUUUGUCAGUAAUCAUCUGACACCGCUCAAGAGACGUCAUAGGCCUCAGUGCGCAAGCUGUAAGAAUUAUCACCGCCUUGUCUGCCGGCAGUGUGCCACAGUGGCCCCUGCUUCAUCCUGUGGUUUGUGCACCAAAUAGUGGCCAAUAAUCAAAGAACAGAGGAGGGCAAGCUAUCCAGGUGAACGUCUCCUCAGAUGGUAAACAUUGUUCCUUGGCUGUACAUCUACGGGCUUGAGGGGGGUGUUGUAUGUUUAAAUGCUGCACGGCUGAAGCCCUUCUUCAUCCCUCUGGUCGUGCAUAAAGGGGAACUCUCAAUCACGCAGUUCCCUCACCUCAAAUCUGGGAUGGUACAGUCCAGGCACAGCCUGCCUUUUUGUAGUUCAACAUCCUUUUGUUGCUCCCUUUUUCUCACCACUGCAGAUAACGAGGGGAGGGGGAGGGGGGACGUCUUGUGUCUCUCUCUGGCGGGCUGGUCUUUUCACAGCCGUGGCUGUUAACUAGUAGUGUGUCCUUUCGGGCGGGAUUUCAGAUGUCAAGGCAAACCCAGCCGUGUGCGGAAGGCCGGGAAACUCUACUUGAAUUGACAAGUGUCUCGUACAAUAAAAAGUUUGUAAAU